UACAGCAGGCAGUGGACUUGGCUCUUUUCGACUGGGAGGAACUCAAGCAGUUGCUUUGAGUAAAAGUUUGAAGCUUCUGGAAGGAGCUGGUGUCUUCAGUGGAAAAAUGGCUUGCCAUGAAGCUCUCCAAUGUUCUUCCUGUUUGGAGGUCUUCAAAGACCCUGUCAUACUUUCUUGCAGCCACAGCUUCUGUCGCUCCUGUGUGGAGCGAUGGUGGGAGGGGAAAAAGGACCGUUCUUGUCCACUCUGUAGGACGCAGUGCAGAUCCAUGGAUUUACCUCCGAACUUGGCCUUGAGGAACGUGUGUGAAGCUUUUGCAGCGUCUUCCGUGGACACUGAGGAAGAGUGCAAGUUGCACAAGGAGAAACUGAAACUGUUCUGUUUGGACCAUCAGCAGCCUGUGUGCCUUGUUUGCAAACAUGCAAAUAUCCACACAAAUCACAGAUUCUCUCCUAUCGAGGAAACUGCAAAGGAACACAGAGAAGAUCUAGAGAAAGUCCUGCGAGUCUUGACAAAAAGACUGAAAAUGUUUACCGAAGUUAAAGAAGACAUCAGUCAACAAGCAGAACACAUCCAGGUCCAGAAGCAGCAGGUUGAAAGCAAGAUUAAUGAGAUUUUUAAGGAGCUUCACAACUUUCUGGAGGAGGAGGAAGAGGCUAGAUUGUCUCUUGUGAGAGAAGAAGAGCAAAGCAAGAGUCAGACAAUGAAAGAGAAGAUUGAGGGUCUCAGCAGCGACAUGAAAGCUCUCCAAGGUGUGAUUAUCAGCACAGAGAAGCUGCUAACAGCUGACAAUGUUUCCUUCUUGAAGAACUACAAGGAAAUGAGGGCCAGAGCCCAGAAGCUGCCCGAAGAGCCCAAGCUGGUCCCAGGACCUGUGCUGGACAUGGACAAGCAUCUGGACAUCCCACUCACCAUGUGGGAAAAAAUGAAGACGUUGGGGUCCCAAAGUGACUUGCCUGUGUUAAAUGUAACUGCUGUGCACUCAGAAGCACACACCUGGAAUGUUGAUGUAGGCGACAACGACAACUGGGAACUGGGGUUAAUGUCUAAGUCUUUAAGAGCUGGCAUUCGAUUUGAAGACGGGAAAUACAAAAGGAUUUACCCAGAAUGUGUAGACUUGCCUUUGUCAAUCCAAGAGAAACAGCAGAGAUUCAGAGUUCGUCUCGACAUUAGAUCAACAGUGGUUGGCAGGAAGUUGGACACUGCUUCAAGAGCACAGUUCUCCAGCUGGAGGUCACACACCUUCCUACAAACCAUCUUCAUGUUUGAUAUGAAGAGGGUGAUGUCAGGAAGACCCAACGACCUGUCAGCCUGUUAUUCGGACAUGUUCAUGUUGGUGCGGACCUUGUAG